CAGCCCUGGUCUUGAAAAAUUCACGGCCAACAGCCAAAAUUCGCGGUCAGAAACGCGGAAGUCUCUAGUUUUAUGUAAUGUUUAGGUGACGAGGACUAAUCUCCGAUCUGCGCGCUAAUUGUCCCCCUCUGCGAUGUUUCACUACCACCUCGGGGUCGUGGUCCGCUGCGCGCGCCAGAAGCCCCUGCUGCUGUGGGCGCCCGUCUGCCACAUGAGCGGUCUCAGUCCGCUGAAGGAGUACCAGCAGCGCGUCAGUGCCGGCCAACUGAUGACCGACGAGCGGCAGUUCCAGACGAUGAAGGAGCUGGAUGCGCUGUACCACAAGAUUCAAGGCUAUAGACCCAGCUACAAGGCGGGAGGCGCCGGCGGCGGUGGUGGCGGCUUCUUCAGCUCCCUCUUCGGCCGGAAAUCCGGCGACGACGACGAUCGGGAUGAUCCCAAUGCGGGCAGCCACGCCCCCCAGGGGCUGUAUCUCUAUGGCAGUGUGGGCGUGGGCAAGACCACGCUGAUGGACCUCUUCUUCGACUGCUGCACCGAGAUCGAUCGCAAACAGCGCGUCCACUUCACAUCCUUCAUGAACAGCGUGCACACCCGCAUCCACGAGGCCAAGCAGAAGCAGGGACCUGUUGAUCGGGCCUUCAACUCGGAGAAGCCCGCUCCAUUUGAUCCCACGAAACCGGUAGCCGAUUUGAUAGCCAGCGAGUCCUGGCUGAUUUGCUUCGACGAGUUCCAGGUGACGGACAUAGCCGAUGCCAUGGUGCUGAAGCGACUGUUCACCCACCUCUUCCACCAUGGCAUUGUGGUGGUGGCCACCAGCAAUCGGCAUCCCGAGGAUCUGUACAAGAACGGCCUGCAGCGCACGAACUUCGUGCCCUUCAUUGGCCUCCUGCAGAAGCGCUGCAAGGUGUCGCAGCUGGAUUCGAUCGACUACCGGCGGAUAGCGCAGUCCGGCGACACAAAUUACUUUGUGAAGGGCCAAACAGAUGCGGAGGGCAGCAUGAAUCGCAUGUUCAAGAUCCUGUGCGCCGAGGAGAACGAUAUUAUCCGGCCGCGCACGCUGACGCACUUCGGAAGGGACCUGACAUUCAAGCGCACUUGUGGCCAGGUGCUGGACAGCACCUUCUCGGAACUCUGUGAUCGCCCCCUGGCUGGCAGCGAUUUCCUGCAGAUCUCGCAGUUCUUUCACACCGUCCUCAUCAGAGAUGUGCCCCAAAUGACGCUGGAUAUCAAGGCGCAGAUGCGACGCUUUAUAACGCUUAUAGAUACCCUGUACAAUAAUAGAGUGCGUCUGGUUUUAUCCGCCGACGUGCCGCUGGAAAGUUUAUUCAGUUUUUCCGGGGGUUCCAAUAGUCUUUCGGAUUCUGAACGGACUUUAAUGGAUGAUCUGAAAAUAAACGAAUCCAAAGCCAGUUUUUUCACCGGUGAGGAGGAGCUGUUCGCCUUCGAUCGCACAUUAUCGCGGCUCUACGAAAUGCAGAAGCGGGAAUACUGGGAGCAAUGGGCCAAACAUCGCUAAAAACCCCAUAUCACAAAGCAGUAGUUCAAUUAGCCCAAUUAAAUUAUUUCGAUUUCUACCUCGGUGCCGUGGAAUUUUUCAACCAAAAUUUCUUGUACUUAUCAAAUCCCCCAACUAAUAUGCAAUAUUUACAUUAGAUGCCUUGCGCAAGUAUUAAAGCAAUAAACGAAGUAGACAAAGUUA